CGACUUUGAUUAAACAAUCGAAAGCAAUAAAAUAAAAUUUUCGCCCGCUUACCAAAUUGUAUAUAACAAAUUCCCAAGUUCCUAUGAAAUUAUGGCCAAAAUGCUCUCGUCACUGUUCUUUGGGAACCAAUGGAGUGACCCAAGAAAAAAUAAGGGUUGCGAAUGCUGGCGCCCCGAUGUUCCGAACUGUGGACAGGUGGAUAGGUCCAAGAAAAGCGAGUACUUUGAGAGCGACCUCGAGGACAUCGCCAAUAGCCUGAUGAAGGUCAUGCAUAUCUGCCGGCUGCGCCCGUGGGAGGUGAAGCGCUGUAAGGAGCUGAUCAAGCGCGCCUUUCGCCACUACGAGGAGGUGCGCUACAGGGUGGAUCGGGUGCCUAGUAAACGCUUCAACAAGGAGAACUUAGUGCACGAUCUGGCCGUAGAGGCGGGCAUGAGUCGCAUGGACAGCCAACUGGCUUAUGGCAUAGUGAAGCGCGCCUUCCGGGCGUAUUAUCACGGCUCCGGGGAGGGUGGCAAGCGCAUGGAAUCGUUGUCCAAACAGCUGCGACAUCGCUCCGAGUGCCUCUGGUUGCAUGCGGCCAAGCGGACGGCGCAGAUUUUUGCCGUUCAUGUGGGUCUCAUGUACUCGGAGGAGCGACAGUACGAGGAGUGCAUCGAGUGCAUCUACAAAGCGCUCUACGAAGAGCUGAAAUCCCGCAUUAUCAACGAGGAUACCGAUGUGCGCGGCUGCGUCUGCGGACAACCCGAUCAGACGCAAUUGGAAAAAAAACUAAAAGGUUGGGACACCGUAUCGGCCGCCACAAAUAUGAGCGCCUCCACUGUCAAGACGACGGAGCUGUUUUUCAAUAAGCAAACCUUUAAUAUCAGCAAGCCGACCUCGCCCAUCUCAAUGCGCAUGGAAUACACGAUGAUAUCCAUGGAACAGAUUGUUACCAAUCUCGACCAGUCAUCCCAGAAGAUCAAGAGCUCCAACCAGUCGGUGAAGUCCAGUGGCAGCAAACGUGUCAAGAAGAAAAAGAAAAAGAGGGAAACCAAAUGCAACUGUCCCGAGAUGCAGUGCUACGCGGAUCGACUAGCGCCAGUGAUAACCGCCGAGUGCACCCAGGGUCCGUACGUGUGUCGCUGGGUGCCCUUCAACGAAGAGGAGGAGACCUUACCCAAGCACCAUGUGCCCUGCCCACUCAUUGACGAGAUUUGUCCGCCCUGCGAGAGGGACGAGCGUUCCUGCGAUGAUGAAUGCACUUGCACCUGCCAAUUUUGCCAGUGUCGGCCAGCAUACGAUGACUACAUGGAGGAGGCACAUGGCGAGAAGUUAUCGGCCUCUGGACUGGAGGAUCACGAUACGGAUUAUUGCUGGCUGGCGCCGUUCCGCGACUUUCCUAGGGUAGAGGAGGAGGAGGAGGAGCAGCUGCCAGAAGAAGAGCUGGAAGAGGAAGAAAACGAAUGCCGUUGUACGUGUGAAUACAAGCAACGCGGUUGGCCGCAUCUCUUCACCUAUCUGGCGCCCUUCAAAGAUGUAAGGCCCAAACCAGAGCCUGAGCCUGAGCCAUGUGUAGAGUCGGAGCAGCCCAGGCAAUCACCGCCCUACGGCAUUUCAAUGACAUGCUAUCGCUGCUGGAACGACCCAACCGAAUCAAUUGAUGAGGAGGAUUACAAUACGCCCUGUCCAUACAUUGAACUGCUCAACGCUGUGCACAAUCCGCCAAAAGUAUCGGGCAUCAAUAUGGAUGUCACUGUCAAGACCCAACACUAUCCAACACCGGACAUUUCGCGGGCCAAGAAUCAGCCGGUCAAGGGACAAGCGUCCAGGUCGGACAGAUCCUCGGUCAUCGUCAAGCGGAACACUAUUGCAGCUCUCGAGUCGAACAUGAAAGCCGUCCAAAAUCAAAAACCCAUCCAGACGUCUGCCAAGCCAGCAGACCAAGUGAGGAAAACGCCGCCACCCAAAGCAGUGCUCCCAACUGAAGCUAAACCUGCGCCCGCCCCUGCAGCGCCUGCACCUGCUCCAGCAUCCGCCAAUACACAAGACGAUGAUAAGUUAACCAAAGAGGAUAUUCUGGAUAUGUUUGGCCUUAAUAAGUAGAUUAAUAAACUGUUCUUUUACCAUGUCCAAGGCAUACAGACAGCUAAAA